CCACAGAGUACACUGUCAAAUACGUCAGCAGCUGGAGCUUGUGGUCUUGUUCUUUGUUGACUGCUCAUCUAUGCACGUCCAGUUGCUAAAAUGAAUGAAGAGCCUUCAAAAUCUCCACAUCCGGCUCAAGAGGGUAAUAAAGUGAAACAAAAGCUUCCACCAAUAGUGAAUGCCUCGCCAAAUCCACACUUGUCAGCGACAGCAAUUCAGGGAAGUGAAAGAGGGCCCAAGGUUCAGUUUCCAAUUCUCAGCAUCAACAGUUUUAUCGCCACAAUACACCAGAAGCGGGAUGGUUUGGGCCACCACAGCUCCACCACACAGCUUGUAUUACCUGAUGCCAAGCAUGUGCGCGAACUACCACCUAUUAAACCAGAUGUACGUCAAAAGCAGCACAUCUCUAUAGAGACUUUGAUCCCUGAAAUGAAAGCCCCUCUUCCUCCUGAACCUGUAGUUCCUAUUCGUAGCAAAACUCUGAGGGAAUUUCAAGAAGAUGUAGAAAAGGCCAAGACUUCAGGAGACUGGAAAAUUGUACAUGAUUUUUAUGCAACAACAUUUGAUUCCUUUUUGGAGGUUAAUGUGGUGUUUAAGCGUGAUGUCAAUACACCAUUUAACACAAUAGAAGAUUCGGGAAUUAAUGUAAAAUAUACAAACAGUGUGUACGACACAGUGCUGAGCACACCUCAAGAUAUCCAGAAAACUGUCUUAAAAGGGAUUAUUAGUAGUCUGCUGAAGGAAUGGAAAGGGCCACGAACAAAAGAUGACCUUCGAGCUUAUUUUAUACUUGUGCAGAAUCCUCAGUUUGGAAGCACAUCAACGUAUGUCAUCUAUGCCCAUUUAUUACGGCAGAUCGCCACUUUGUCUGAAACGGAUCAACAUUUCCUGGGCCACUGGUUUAAAAAAUUAUCUCCAAGGCGAUUUAAGCAGUUGGUAGACAGAUUGCAGGAGUUUGUAUCUCUACGGCUGUUUCCUCCAAAACCAGAUGAGCUGCCGCCCAUGGCAAAGUGCACGUGGUGGAUCCCUUCAGCAACCAGAGUCUUGGCUUUACUCAAUGCUGCUAACAGUUUGGCGAAUCCUCCAAUCAUUCCAUUUGUGGAAUUGUACAAUUCAACCCUGGACCAUAUUGACCUCAUGGAGGAAUACCAUACCUGGCAAUGUUAUGGAAAUUCCCACAGGUUUUCCUUCUGCCAGUUCCCAUUCAUUCUCUCCAUACCAGCUAAGAAAGUUAUUAUUCGGCGAGAUUCUGAACAGCAGAUGAUCACGAAAGCAAGGCAAAGCUUGGUUGAUAAAGUCUCUCGCAGACAGAGACCAGACAUGAAUAUGCUUUUCCUCAACAUUGAAGUGAGGCGAAUGCAUAUGGUUAGCGACUCGCUGGACGAGUUAACCAGAAAGAGGGCAGAUUUGAAAAAAAAGUUAAAAGUCACCUUUGUUGGCGAAGCUGGAUUAGACAUGGGUGGUCUCACAAAAGAGUGGUUUCUUCUGCUUAUUCGACAGAUUUUCCAGGCUGACUAUGGUAUGUUUGCAUAUCAAUGGGAUUCCCGAUGUUACUGGUUCAGCAGCUUUAAGUGUGAAAACUACUCUGAAUUUCGGUUGGUUGGAGCUCUGAUGGGUCUGGCUGUGUACAAUAGCAUCACAUUGGAUAUUCGGUUUCCACCAUGUUGCUACAAAAAACUGUUGAGCCCUCCUGUAGUUCCAUGUGAUCAGAACACUCCUGUUGGAGUUGCAUUGCUUACACUUGAUGACCUGCACCAGGUCAUGCCAGAUUUAGCUCAUGGGCUGAUGGAACUUAUGACUUAUGAAGGAAACGUUGAGGAAGACUUUUGUUCCACAUUUCAGGUACUUCAAGAAGAGUUUGGAACUAUUAAAUCAUAUAUCCUCAAACCUGGAGGCGACAGAAUCCCUGUGACUAACCAGAACAGAAAAGAAUAUGUACAUCUUUAUGUGGACUUUCUUCUCAACAAGUCUGUUUACAAGCAAUUUGCAUCCUUCUAUUUUGGGUUUCAUAGCGUAUGCGCCUCCAAUGCUUUAAUGUUGCUUCGCCCAGAGGAAGUGGAAAUCCUUGUAUGUGGAAGCCCUGAGCUAGAUAUGUACGCUCUGCAGAAGGUUACACAGUAUGAGGGUUACUCUAAGGUGGACCCUACAAUCAGGUAUUUCUGGGAUAUAGUUUUAGGAUUCAGUCUCGAGCUCCAGAAGCAGCUUUUGCACUUUGCCACAGGAAGUGAUCGAGUUCCUGUCGGAGGACUGGCUGACCUUAGUUUCAAAAUCUCUAAGAUUGAUGUGUCCAUUGAUUGGCUACCAGUAGCACAUACCUGUUUCAAUCAGCUUUGUUUACCUCCCUAUCAAAGCAAAAAAAAACUCAAACAAAAGCUAACUGUUGCCAUCUCCAACGCCGAGGGAUUUGGUCUAGAAUAAUAAGGAAACCAUUUUAAAAGGGUAGAAUUGUCGAAUGUAUCCAAAUGGGUGUGUUAUUUCAUGGGCUUUUUUUGCCGACCCAUUUAUUCAUGUUUUGUUCCAUUUAGUCGCGUAUUUUAAAGUCUAGCUAUAAAGGUAGAUUUGAGAACCAGACAAAUAGAAUUUUACCCAAUGUGACACAGUGUAAUGUUUUGUAACUUUCAAUAAUUGCUGCUACAUUUAUAAGUAUAUACGACAAAUGUUUACUAUCAAAUGUAGCUUAUUUUAGCUUAUUUGUUUCAGGUUGGAAGAAAAUAAUGUUUGCAUUUGAGCUACAAGGCUGUUUUAAUGAAAUAUAAUGACCUGAAUGUGUAUCGUAUUGAUUUGAAACUAGUUAGUGGAUACCAUGUUUAAAAAUAGAACAGUAAAUCAAUUUUAAAUCUUAGUGUCCAGGACUAGGCUGCAUUCGUUGCCUUAUAGUGAGCAAGUACGGAACAGUAAUGAGGUUUCUGGAUUUUGAAAUCUAGAAGCAUAGUUUGGUCACAGAAAGAAUGUAAGUAGAUUUUUGGAAACAACAUCUGGAAUUGGAAUUUACAGGAUAUUAGUGUUUUUCACAGUUCCUGAUAUUGGUAUUUCAAUGGACACAAUAAUUCUGUUACACAUGAAACGGUCUGGUAAAUGCCUAACACUUGCAUUAAUUGCACUUAAUAAAGUGUAGUUCCUUGAAAUAUUUAUUCAGACCCAAAAUAGGAUAUUAUGAGAUAAAGGAAAGCUUCUAAUAUAAAUUCUUGCCAACUUCACUGUGUAUAUUAUGUAUUUGAUAUUGAUAAAUGAUGACUCCAAGCAACUAUUUAAUAAUGUAAUGUAUAACAGUUUGUACAAAAUGCACCAAUUAUUGCUGGUUAUUUCCUAGUUUUGUCCUGAACUUGCCUUUGCAACCUUGUGUUGCUUUGGUGUAUUCUGAAAGUAUUAUUCUGGGUUUAUUUCUCAAUCCUGUUUAAAAUGUAUUAUACCUCUAUAAAGCCUCUAUGACAUUUUAUCUCUUUUGAAGGCUGUUGAGCUCCUGUUUUUUUAACCAGUAUCCUUGUCAAUUUAUAAAAGGGUGAAAUCAGUAUAACUUUACUAAAGGUAACUUUCUCAUCUGGAAAUAAAUGUCAAAAUACACAUUUGAAACUAUAUCUUGUUCGAUGGUGUUUGUCUGAGAUAAGAGACUAUGUGAAGGGCGUGAUAUAAUUGCACACACUUUUUGUUGUUGUUGACCACUGUGUAAAUGUAAAUGGUAGAAGUGUGUUCCUAUAAAAAGGAUGGGCUAGUCUACAUUCAUAGUUUGAUUUAUAUAAUUACAGGGCGAGCAGUUGUCAAAUUCAGCUAGAAUGUUUAACCCAUUUAAUUUGAAACAUGACCCCAUCUGGUAAAAAAAACAGGGUGUCAAAUCUGGGUAAUAUGGGCCUACGCUAAUCUCUUGCCUCUCACGGUCAAACACAAAAUGUCUUUUUAUAAUAUUUAAUAUUGGUGAAUUAUUUAUUUCUGUCGCUUCUUGAUUGUUUUGAAAUAGCACUGCUGCUUUGUAACUCUACAUUCAGUGAUGUUUAUAGGAAUUUAUAAAUUAUAAAGUAACAGUAGUUUAGUAUCAUAGUUUUUAAUAACGAUACAAUUCUUUUUCAUAGCAACCUAGGAUUUUGUAAUGAAUUAUUCUAUUUAUUGCUGUUAAGUG